UUAAGACCCAAAAACUGAUUAAAAACACAAAAAUAUUAAUAAUUUGUGUUGUAAAAUAAAAGAUACAUAAUAUUUUAGUUUUUAUAAAUGCGGAAUAAUUCCCUAAAACCAACUGCUUCACAGUAUCGCACCGAAUAUAUAAUACUAUUAUUAAAUGAUAAACAAACAGCCGAGGAGUAAAUUACAAAAUUUUAAUUCAUAUAACUUUUAACUUUUAACGUUAGACAAUCGUAAAGUGUGUUUAACCAAAAUACACUUUGUCAAUCGCAAAUGUGUUAAUAUCGUAAUAAAUACACAUAGUCAUAAUAGCCCGAUAUUUAAUUUUUAAUAACUCUUAGUGUACAAAUUACAGACACGGUACAUAUAGUCAGUGAUUGGAAUUUUUUCAUGGAAUUUUAUUUAAAUUGUAUGUAGUAUCUCUGAUAAGAGAAUUUCGUCAACUAUUGUUCAAAAUGUCACAAAGUACAAACAGCUAAUAAUAGGUUAAAAAAAGUUCUAAAAGCUCAGUAAAUUUGUCUUAUGACUUUAAUCCCUUAUAACCUAAUCUAAUUAUUAAAUUAAAGUUCAUCUAUAUAUAGUACUAUGUAUUGAACACAUAUUUAGUACAUAAUUGUUCAAACAUGCAAUUUAAAUAAAAAUGCCAUGUCUAUAAAAUUGAAUAGCAAUAACAUUUGAUGUAUUUAUGUAUUUGUAUAAUAGAACAUUUCUUUUCAUUUCUAAAUAAAACAGGCAAACAAAGACGGUAAAAAUUAUUCAUUUUGUCACACAAGUACAGUACAAUGUUCUUCAAGUUCUCUAUUUUGCUAUUAUAUUUUAUCUUAGCUGCUAUUUCUGUACUGGGAGAGACUGAAGAUGAAAAUAAAAUAUUAAGAUAUUCGUUCAAUAAUUGUAGAAAAUGGUUGAGCAAAUCUCUUGAUAGUACUAUUUCCGUGCCUCAGUUUUGGUACUAUAUGGGUAAAAGUAAAAACGAUAUUGAGACUAUAUAUGCUUAUUUGGAUAAGAAUCCAGCUGCAGACAAAAAACGAGCACACAUAAUCUUACUGUAAAACCUUGCGCAGUGUUGAGGAAAAAUGAAGCGGAUAAAAGGACACUAGAUGAGGUUUCAAGUUCAUGGGCGGUGAUAUCAGAUGAAUAAGUAUUCAAAAAUAAUAGCUGCAUUUAAUCAUUUUCAAAUUCAUAAUAAAUUUUUUAAAAAUUAAAAAAAUGUUACUAAAAAAAUGUUUAAAAACGCAAUAUAUAAAAACAAAUUUUAUUACAUCAAAUCAUUUUUUUUUUUAUUAAACACCGAUUUUUCACAAUGUGUUUAAUGUUCAUUUUAUUUAUAAGAAAAAAAGAAAAAUGUCUAUAAUUUAGUUGGAACUUCAAACUUGAGCAAAUGGGUAAUUCUUUCCGGAAUAUAGUUGACAAUAAUCUAGAAUCAUACGUACAUUUAAAGAUUUGUGCACACUUAUGUUUUAAUAUUUUUUCCUGACUGCUAUAUU